AUGAAUUUAAAUAAUGACAAAGAACUUGGUGAUUUACUCGAUCUCAAUGCUGUGAAAAGUCGAACUCGUUUUCCGAAUAGUACAAUCGAAACAUCCGGACAUCAAGCAGUACCUACUUUACCGGCAACAAUCCCUUAUUCAACUGCUGCACCGAUUCCAUCUUCUGAAACAAUUUAUAGUAGCACAAAUAAAGAUUAUUGGACUGAUCAUACGUCAUCUACAACGUAUAACGAAGUAAUUUAUGAAGGAAAUUUCAGCAAUCGCGAUAUUCUUCAUCCAUUUCUCAUAAAUGAAUCUUUAAAUAAUCUUUCAUCAAAUCCUUCUUCACGAACCACGACGAAUGAUCUAACUUAUUCAGAAAAACUUGAUGAGAAAACGCGUCGAUCAGCUAAUGUCUAUACAUCGGAUGAUUAUAAUCCCGAGAAUACCGGACGAUAUCCAGCGGGAAAAUCGGCUUAUGGAAGUGAUUCAUCCUAUUAUGUUGACGGACAGAAUGGUGCUCCUUGGCUGCCCCCGACACAUCCACCAAAUUCAAGUUAUUUGCCGAGUGACCUUGCGGCUGCUCAUGGACCUUUUGUUGAUCCAGCAACUUCAGGUUUGCCAUCGAUGGCAAGUUUUCGAUCAUCACAAGCAGGAAUAUACGCGAGCAACGAACAAACAGUACAAACUGGAGAAACACUCGGCAAAGCAUUGCAAUCGAUUUAUCCCAACGAUCAUCCGUAUUCUUCAACGUCAGCAACUCCCAUCUCUCCUCCCCCAUUGAACGGAACUAGUCAGCCAUGGGUUACUGCAGGACCGGUUGCUCAAUCCUAUCACAAUCAGCUACAUCCUCUUCCGCCGCGAUUAGAUGUUGAUGAUUCUUUUCGUCAACCACCAACAGAUUAUCAUCACUACUAUACUGGUUAUCACCAUCCACAUUCCACUGGGCCAUAUUCAACAUUUCUAGCUCAUCCAUCAAGUUUACAUCCACCCUCAACAACGUCCGAUACAUCAUCACGAAGUCGACAUCAUGAUCCAUACUUAACAUAUGCUAAUCCACCAUCAGCAUCCUCAUCAACAUCAUCGACGGAUGCCAAUACUGCUGCAAAUCCAGAUCUAAAACUUGAAUGUCUUGAUAAAGCUAAACCAGAUAUUGAAAAUAAGCCACCUCCACCGUCAUCUCUAUCGAAGAGUACACAUAGUGUAGCAUCAUCUUCAUCACAGCUAACGACUGAUAAACUGAGUGAAUUUAAUCUUCGACAACAAACAUUAACCGACAUUUCACAAGAAAAUGCAUCACCAUUAUCGAUUGCUAUUGGUGGAGCAGCAAAUAAUGUACAUAUUGGUCCAUCAUCAUCAUCUUCAUCAAAAUUACGAAAUUCAUUGACGCUUAGUCCAAACAGUCAAAUGAAUCUUUCAUGUAUGCGAGGUGGACCUGGUUCAGAAGGUAGUAUUGACCCAGAUGAAACUCCUGAGGAACGGGAACGACGAGAGAAAGAUCGACGAGCAGCAAAUAAUGCUCGAGAAAGAUUACGCGUUCGAGACAUCAAUGAUGCAUUUAAAGAACUCGGCCGGAUGUGUUCAAUUCAUAUGCGUAAUGAUAAACCUGUUACCAAACUAGGUGUACUUCAACAAGCAGUCAAUUUAAUCACCACACUCGAACAACAAGUUCGAGAGCGAAAUUUAAAUCCAAAAGCUGCGUGUCUACGUCGACGUGAAGAAGAAAAAUCUGAAGAUAUGAAUGGAAAUAUGAAUAUCGGUGGAGCUAUGCCGCCGCCAGGUACAAGUCUUAUGUCAACUGAAUCAUCUUCAAUUGAUGGUACAAAUUAUUUGGAACAGAUGCAUCAAUCUAUUCCUCCAUCUUAUUGGCAACAAUGA